AUGGGCCUCCCUAAGAACCUCUCGUUCCUGCGCAUCGGUACCGGCGGCCAGACGCUCGACAUCUACCUUGACCCCCUGUGCCCCUUCUCGUACAAGUGCGCGCGCUCGCUCACCGAGAACGUCCUGCCCCAGGUCCGCGAAGGCGGCAAGUACGCCGGCAAACUCCAGCUCAUCAUCAGGCCCUACCCUCAGCCCUUCCGCUCUGCUGCCUCCACUCAGUUUCACUCAGAUCUCGGUGUGCCAGUCUCAUCGCCGGGCGCAGUGAGCUCUGAGCAAAGAGCGGCGUGGAACACUCUCGCAGCAGUGACCACUGCAUGGACGCUGGGACGACGUAGCAGACACCGUGAUGCCCAGCCAGUGGAGCUAACAUGCAGCCACUACUUCUCGACGUACCCCGUCGAGGCUCUCCUCUGCUUCGGCGCCGACCACCCGGAGCAGUGGUGGGACUACCUCCUGGGCGUCUUCUCCGUGCAGGAGUCCUUCUUCAACAAGCCCGUGCACGACAAGACGCCCGCGCAGGUGCAGGAGGCCUACGUUAAGGUGGCCGAGGACGUGCUCGCCAAGGCCGGCGUCGCCAGCGCCAAGGAGGACGGCAAGAAGCUCUACGAGCAGCUCCAGGUGCACCAGAAGGAGAACGGCGGUUCGGUCAUGUUCGAGCCCCUCAAGUACCUCAUCAAGGAGGGACGCCAGAACGGCAUCCACUUCACGCCCACCGCGCUCCUGAACGGGCUCGAGGACGGAUCCGUCUCGUCCGGCUGGGGCAGGAGCGAGUGGGACAAGUGGCUCGAGGAGAAGCUGUAA